CAAUAACAAUAAUAAUCGUCGAUAAGUUGUUUCAUGAAGUGAACCUGAAGAGUAACCAUACAUUGCUAAGCAGGCCAUUGUAAAAAAGUAUUCAUAAGUGCAAAUAGAAGAAUUAUAAUUAUCAGUGAUAUCACCUGUGAUUGAUCAAGCAUUUUUUUGAUUGCUGUGUGUGAUAUAAUACAUUGAAAAUUCGUCAUUGAAGAAUCUACUAAAACAACGCUAUCCUAGAACUCAUCCUCCUGGUAAGGAUCGUUUCUGCUUUUCAACCAGCGUUCACCAACCCCUACGCCAAGAGAGUGCGACAAUUCCGAAAGUAGAACCCCAGACUCCCCGAAGCUCAAGUUUCGCGUUUCGUCGACUCAUUUUAACCAGAAAAAAUUACCAGCACAACAGGCAUGGCGUUCGCCGCAGCGCGAAUGAUAUUAAAGGACAAAAGACGUAAAACGUCAAAAGAAGACUUCGCUCCAAGAAACAGAAGUAAGGCCCGCAACAAACCCGCAGACGGCGGCGGCCACGUCAACCAGAAGGGGCAGGCGGGCCAGAAGACGCCCGUCACCGCGCAGAAGAAUGCGCAGGCCAAGAGCGCGCAGAAGCCCGCGCAGAAGCCCCCCACCGCGCAGAAGGGGCAGAGUGUUUGACAAAAACAACGAUGGGCUGAUAUCAUCCACGGAGCUUCGCCACGUCAUGACGAACUUGGGAGAGAAGCUGUCGGACGAGGAGGUGGACGACAUGAUCCGCGAAGCUGACUUGGACGGCGACGGAAUGGUGAACUACGAAGAAUUCGUCACAAUCCUGACCUCCAAGAAUUAGUUGCGAGGCCAGGAGUAACCGCCGGGCGUCCGGGGAGGAGCAAGGAAGGACGCCGGCGAUCAGAGGAGGUGGAAGAGGAGCAAGAGGAGGAGGGGAAGGAAGAAGGGGGAGAAGAGGAGGGGGCGGAUCAGAGGAGGCGGCCAUUGCGCCUGCGCCGUCCGCCCUUCGACGUCGGUCGCGCCCAAAACAUUUGAGUUUCUCGUUUCACCACUCGGUUGCAAAACAAUCAGUUUCAUUCAGACGCAGAAGUCCAAGGGAGAACAAAUCUUUAACAAGGUAUUGUACAUACAAAUUUUCAAUCAAUUUUAAUUAACAAAUUUGAAUACUAAUGCAACAAAUAUAUAUAUACACAAUCAUUUCUUCAUAUAAUAUGCAUACUCACGAUAAAAAAUUACUAUUCAUUUACACGUUUUUAAAUUCGUUAGAUCAUCAAAUAAAUCAUGAAAAUAUAUUAUCUUUUGAUAAGUGAUGUUUGAUUGCAUAUGCUCUAUGAACUCAAUAAGUGUUAAUGGAGUAAUUCAAAUAUUUUUUUGAGAUACGUACGAAUUUCAUACGUGAUGUGUACGAAAUGGGAACGUAUAAUUUUAAUACGGAUACGAUUGUGCGAAAUUAUUUAAAUGCAUGUGAACACAUGAUGUAUUAUAGGUAUUAUAUAAUUUAUAUAACAUUCAUUGACUUAAAACAAUGGCAAAGGUAAAUCAGAUAUUGUUGAUAGAUAUAGACAAUAAUCUUGUUAAGAUUUUUUAAAAUUUUUGUUGCUAAUUGGAACUGAGAAUUUAUUGCAACUUUUUCUCUCAAAAUUAAUGUAUUCGUCUAAUUUUUCUGUUCAAUGGCGUUUGCACUUGGUGAUAACUUUUUUUGAAUUCUCAAAAUACAAAUUCAGGGAAUGUGAAUUAUUAAAAUUUUAUUAAUGUACUUUGUUAUUUAUUAUUGGCUUUAGAAAACAUGCGCCGAAUAUACUAUGGCAGUGUAACUUAUAAACUAUUCAAUAUGUGUGCGCAAAUGAUGCGUAUUCUUGAUCAAAGGAAUGCCAACAUUGCAAAUAUUAUUUAUGGUACCGUAAACGUAAUUCAGAUUUGUGUAAAUCCAUUAGAAUGUAAAAGAGCUUUGUAUUAAGAGUCUAUGGUCAUCUCAUUUAAUGACAAAAGUCAGCAGCGAGUGUACCACGCAAAGCGUCGGUAUAUGUCACAUCGCUCCGGGAUGUAAUAUCUUCGAAUACCUAGACUUAUAUAUGUGGUCUGUUCUCUGUGUCUUUAAGAAGCAUCUAUCUCGUACACGACCAUUAGCCAUAAGUUUGUUGUGUUUUAGUUAAGAUGAUGUCAGAUGGAAGCAUGCGGUGGGGAUUCCCCGGCGCUUGUGGUGCGCUCUGGCGCUGCUAGCGUGAAAUGCGUCCUGCGUAGAGCUUUCGUUGUUCCCUACGUCCUCAUCCGUUCAAAGUGUGUAUUAAGUGUGCCCUCCCGGUGACGCUGUGAAUACGAGUGUUCACCAGGACGUGUCUACGUCCGGGUUUCGGAGCAUAAAAAUAACUCGUGACCUCCAGGCGGUCUCAAGAAUAUUCGUCCAUUGGUUUAUUUUGUGAUAUUACAAUUUGAGCAAGAAGACGUCCAGUUGUUGCCUAAUUAUUGAGUGUUUUACGUUUUGAGAUCGACAGUUCUUGUUUGAAGUUUCUAUAAGAGAUUACUUAACGCUUAGUGAAGCAGACGUUUCUCUUGGACCAAGUCCAGGAAGAGACGGCGUGGUUGGCACGCGAAAAUCAGGGUUGGCAGCUGCUUUACAUGGGCACCCACUGAAAUGAUUGAGCUCUGUCGUAACCGUGGGCUGGUGUGAAAGACGGUUCUGCAAUAAUGCAUUAUUCACUUUUGAAACGCCAUCCAUAUUUACCCGCGUAUUUCACCGGCGAAAACUAUCUUACUAUCACACGAUUAUCGCAUACCGUUUGAAAAUAAAUAUUCGAUCAGGAAUAAAAUAUACGGCAUAGAACACCGCGUUUAUAAGAAAAUUAUUUACAGUAUCAAAUUUAGUUUUUGAUGAGUAGCUCUAAUAAGAUUCAUUAUUAGACUUGUAUUCCUUCUGCUGAAUGAGUCUGAGAAAUGGUCAUGAAAGACUUUUCUGUGAUAAGGAAAAAGACACCAAUUUUUCGUAUAAAAUAUUGUUUCUCAUGUUCUUCAAGAUAAAAUUAAUACAGAUAUUUCUAACAAUCGACUUAUUAACCAAUGUCAUUUACAAUACAAAUUGACACCAGAAAUUGUGAACUACCGGAGGAAAUUCGAUAAUGAAAUCGAAUAUAUAUUUUCUCGUGAUUACCGAUGUGACAAACAUCUUUUAUGUAAAAUACUCAUGUAUUUAUUGUUAAUUUAUUUAGUGUUCUACUUUCUGAUUGAAAGUUUCACGGAACGAUUGUGAUUUCAGUGGGUGACUCUGAAGUCACAUUAAGCUGCAUGGUUAUCAAUUACGUUGUGUAGGAAGCAAUGUUUUGACACAUUAGGCAGUGUGAGACGCAAGGUGUAAGAUUGGGUGAAUAAAUAGAUGAAUCGUGACCUUAAGAAGUGCGUGUGAGUUCAAUUCUUAAUCAGAGGCUAGAUCGCGUGUAAGACGACGUACCUAAGACAUAAAUCCCGAUUAGGAUGCGUGGAGUUUCGAGCGCGUGUGCUUAACGCAAGUAUGUGUGCUGGUAUUGUACUGAAUGUGGGACUCUUAGAUCCUGCUUGUUUCUGAAGGGUAUUUUUCCUACAGCAAAUCCCCCAGAAUAUGUCUAGAUUACACGAAAAUGAGUAUUAGAAAAGUGACAAAACUGAAAUAUUUCAAUUCUAUUGUAAUUGUCAAUAUGAAAUACAUCAAUGAAACACUUGUACAUAUUUCUUAAAUAUGUCGGUUUCAAUUUUAAAGAAUAUUUCGCUAAGUAAAGAAUUUUAUAUUUUAAUUAUUCCAUGCAUGAAUUUCUAAUUCAUAGCGUUAAAAAGUGGAUUUUAGAAUGUAUAUUCUGAAACGAAAUAUAUCACCAUUACCUAUAAGAACUGUAUUUUCUCUAAACGCAGGGUAUUAAGCUAAUAUAAAAGUUACUUCGAGUGCAUAUGCAUUAAAAAGCACCGUUACAAUCAAGCCAAUCUAUACUUAUAGUGCAAAAUAUCCUAUAAAUGUUAUUUAAUGUUUAAACACAAAAUGUUGAUACAAGUAAGAAAUACCUUUAGAUAUUGCAACAAAUUUACACAGCAAUGCUUAAAAGUCUUUAGAGAAUAUUGCUAUCGCUGGCGAUAGCUUUACGAGAAAUGACUAGAAUUUCCCGGCUUUGUCAAACGCAAUACUAUUCCAUCUGGCACCAUCUUAUGAGCAAGCUCUUAGGAAGCAAGUGAUGCCUUUCAGAAGAGGUGUACAUCGUUCCCAGUCCGCCACAUGCAUGUGCGCACGUGGGAGUAUUUUGCAUAGCGCAAGUUUAGUAGUCUACUAAUAUAGGUUUGGUGGAGUUGCGGAAAUUUUUAUACACCUUACUGGUCAAGUAGCUGGGCGUUGGAUCUCAGGAUGUUUCGAAAUUCAGAAGUAUGUUGAGUAUUUCAUAAUCGAGAUAUUUAUACUUGGUGUUUCGUUGAUCUAUUGGAUCACCAAAUUCAGAUGAGAAAUACGUGAGUUUAUUAUUCUACUAUGUGUGUUUGGUGAAGUAAAAUGUUCGUUUCAUUUUUCGAGUAGUCGAACUACUUUGGUUCUUGGAUAUCGUUAAAUUGAAUGCUUAAUACUACAAAAGCGCUAUUUUCAUUGUUCCUCUUGUUAUUAACGAAAUAAAAUUCUUUCCUUCACAUUUUUAUUAUACAUUAUAUCACACACCUUUGUCUAAAUAUGUAUAAUGCAAUUUCAUAAGAAUCACGCCUAUAUCACAACCUUUGAACUAUGUAAUUAAAUAUAGGCAGACUCUUGGUAGGAUGUGUUGUGGGCAUUUUGCCAGUGUCACACAAGUUGAAUCUGUAAUAUUUGUGCUUUGAAGUGAAAAAACAAGAAUUAUUACGUCAUUAAUAUAAUUUGUUUGAAACAUUUUGUGUACAUUCAUUAUCGUGAUUUCGGUGAAGACGCUACAAUAAGAACCAAAUUUCCCACCAUUGAAUACAAUGCAACGUUGAAUGUAUUUUCCAAGCUCAUGGCUGAAGUGAUGUGGAAGCAAACAGCAGAUAACUCAAGUCUUCCGUUUUUAAAUUAAAUGGUUUAGUUAGGUCUACGGGCAGAUUGUAUUAGUUUUUUACUGAACAAUAUUUCUUGUUUCUGAUUUAGAUGGCGCGCGUAAUUAACAAAUUUUGAUUAGUGCGCUUGAAAGGGUUCUUUUAAGACAUGCCUCAUUGCCUUUUUGUGAGUCAGUAGCGUACCCAGAAGGAAUUGGCUCCUUUAAUACAUCAUUACAUACGCGUCGCUGCAUAGUAUUAUUCUCGAAUCGCACACUUUGAUAUGAUACGAUUUUCAGACGAGUAAAGGCUGCAACUGAGUACCAAAGCAGGUCUUAUAACGUAGCACGGAUUUAAUAGUCUGAUUAUUGAACGCAUUUAGACUCAAAGCAAUGCUGUCUUUUUACCUUCUGAAGCCCUAGUUGUAUCUUUGAUGCCCAAGGACACCUGAAACACCAAAUACGUCGUUCAAUCAACGGCGUGAACCUCAAAGCUCUCUUCCCGACAGUUACGCUACUGACGACGGCCUUGCAGAUUGGAACAGACUGCCAAGUUGUUAUUAUUUGUGGCACUAAACUCUCUCGAGUAGUGAGUAAAUUCAAAAUACGAUCGCGCGAAGUACUGUGGCGAUUGAUUUAAGUAUGAACUCAUAACUAAGCAUUAUCAGCCGUGGACCGUCAUUGUUGAAAUAUAAUGUCAGUGUUUGCAGAGUUAAACCUAGAAAAAAAACUUCUGAAAAGAAAGUUGCUGUUCAGCAGCAAAUCAUAAGCUGAAAAUAUUUUAUUCUGGAGAUAUUCUCAUUAGAAUGGGGUGGCCGUAUACGAAUAGAGCACAGAAAGGAUUAGAAAUGCAAUUUAGUAUGUGUGUGCUUGAUGUGAAUUUGUCAUUGAUUCGUUCGUUUCUGCUGCUUCAGCUUGGAAAUUUAGUCCGGAAUCUCGAGUUAACAUUGAUAAUGGUUUUUACACAUUAGUUGCAAAGUUUAGAAGGAAACUUGAAAUAAGUAUAAUGCAGACAAUUUGGCAGCAUUAAUUCGUGUGUAACUAGAAAACUGAAUUAUUUUUGCUUUGAUGAAUGGGUCUCGUGUUGCGAGCCCCUGAAGUGGAGGUUCUUGACGUCUAAAAAUGUCGAAAAGAAAGCUAUUAAAAAUGACGGUCCAUCCAAAAGGUGACUACAUUUAUUGCUUUAGUUAAUGUGAUGAAUGUGGUCAUCUCGCCUUCAGAAAGAUACUCUCAGAGAAAUGAGACACCAUUAUACACUUCUUAUUUGUAUUCAUUGCGUCACUAAGGUAAUCCCGCACUUGUGUUGGUCAUAUAAAACAUUUUUAUAUAUAUUGUACAUUUGUAUUGCAGUUCUGCUGACAUUUGAGUCCAUAGAAAUAGCAAGAUAUUUUGUAAAAUAAAAUCAAAUUGUUUUGGGUAAAAUUAUUUCUUCGUAGCGUAAUCUAUAAAUGUAAGUGUGAUAUGGCAUUAGAUAUAUAUCGUAGAGCCAUCUUUUGAAUUGUUUGCAGUCUGUUUAGAAUUAUGUUGAUGUCAUAGUCAAUAGUAUAUAGAGCUGUUAGAAGUUCAUGAGUCUACUGAUGUUGUUAUGCUGUUGUUUGUUGUGUUGUCUGGAUCCUUUGAUUAUUUUUAAAAGAUAACAUUCUGGAAAAUGUUUCCAAAGACCAUCAUCCUGUAGUUACGCACAAACAUGUGUAUUUUAUAAAGGAUGUUGUUCUACUACUUUACUGAGCUCUUUGGUUUGUGUUGUCAUCUGUGAAAUGUAUCAUCUUCAGGUUGAGUUAAUGGUAAACCACUCAUAAAUAUUUUAUUACCGUAAAAGCAUUUCCUGAUAUUACUCAAUUUGACCUUUAUCUCUAAAGCUUUUUCGUGUUUUAUAUUCGUCGAAUCCCACCAAACAGAUAGCAAUGCAGAUCAAAGACUAUGCGAUGAUUAGGAAUAGGUGAGUGCUAAUAUGUUGCUCCAAUGGAUCUAGGUCCCAAAUAUAUAUUUGUGUGAAAAAACAAAGCAAAUACGAAAAAGACCUACAAUUCCUUUCAUGGGUACCUUCAAAUAUAUGGUAAAUGCAUUGUUGUAUCUUAGAAUGCAAAACGAUACCCAGUAUCUUACUGUAAAGCUAUUUACGUCUAUGUUGAACUAAAUAUUUGCCUCCACAUAAAAAUAAUCAUGAAUCUUAAAGAGAAUUAUAAUUACAAAUUUUUAAAUAUUGAAAGAUGAAUUUUAAAACUUGUUGGUAUUUCAGUAAUCAAGUGUCGCUUUGUUUGAAGUAGAUGUAAUUUCCAUCUAAACAGCGAUUGAUUAAAUGUCUAAUCACUAUAUUAAUCUAAACUAUAUAUAAAAAUAAAUCAUAAAAUUAUAAGGCAUAUAAGUCAGUGUCAUUCAUGUGUGCGCGAAAAUGUUUGUUGAUAAGAAAUAAAUAUAUGGAACAUGCACUAGACAGUGAUUUAAACCCAAAUCAACUAUGUUUUAUAAAUGUCAUGCAAUGGCGUUAAACAGGUUUACGAUAACAUAAAUUGUAGAAAAAUCAUAUAUAUUGUAUAUGGUAUUGUGAAUUUGUGAUAGAUACCCUUUUUUGAAAAAAAAUCAAGAAAGGUUUCUUUUUCUGUGAGCAUAUAAUGUAAUUGGGAUGACAUCAAUGAUUGUUGGGUAGGAGAAAAAUAUAACCAUU